AUGUCAAAUGAACCGGAAAUCCACGUAGGUGAAACAAAAAUCAAAGGAGUAAGUUUUUCUAAAACUCUGGGUGUUGUUAUAGACGAACAUCUUACUUGGGAAAAGCAAAUCGAAAACAUUCAAACAAAAAUUUCAAAAGGUAUUGGCACGUUGCGGAAAAUGAGAAAAUUAGUUCCAAAAACAACAUUAACAAAAGUCUACAAUGCCAUUAUUCUACCACAUUUCGACUAUUGUAGCCUUGUAUGGGACAAUUGCAGUGAUUAUUUAAUUGAUGAAUUACAAAAAUUGCAAAACAGAGCAACAUGCGUAAUCACUGGUAAAACAUACGAAACGAGAUCACGAGAUGUUUUAAAAGAACUUCACUGGCAACCCCUGAAAGAACGCUUUAAACGAAAGAAAUCAAUUUUUACGCACAAGAUUAGGAAUGACAAAAUGCCAAGUACCACAACGAAUAUGUUUGAUAUUAAAACUCAAGGUGCAACCUCCGUAGCAAAACCAAGAUUUCAGCCUUGA